AUGGACCCUCUUGAACAUGUUCUUGUGAACCUUUUGGGAGCGACGACACCGGAUUCGUCGUACCGUCGGUUCUUUGAAGAGUACGGUAUUACUCAGGCCAGCGAGUUGGCCUCAAUCACCGAGAAUCGUCUUGCAACGGUGUCAUAUGGUGUUUUGACCCCUUCUGUGGGAGAUACCCCUGCCACCAUUGUUCGUAUGUUUCUUCCGCCUGCCCAGCAGGAUCGGAUCUUGAAGAUUGUCAAAUGGUUCCUCUCGAAAGGUACCGACGUGACAAACGAAACCUGGUUUGAACUUACCCCUGAAGUCCUUGAGUAUUGGCAACCAGCCUCUGCUAUUGUUGCCCCUGCUACCCCUGUUGGAUCGGAUGCUCGGAGUUCCUUUGUCGAAAGUGCUGCCGCAAAGUUUCGGAAGACAAUCAAGAAUCACUCCGUUCCGUACCCAAAGUUCAGUGAAGACCGUUUUUGGGUCACUUGGAAUACGAAUAUUCGUAUCAAGCUCCGUAUCCAUGGCGUCCAGUUGGUUCUUGACCCGGAUUAUUUGCCUGAGACCGUCGACGAGACGGAUACAUUUGUCGAAAUGCAGAACUUUGUCUUUGGCGUGUUCAACGAUAUAUUGUUGACCCCUCGUGCGCGUGGAAUCCUCCACAAGCAUGUGGAUGAAUUGGAUGCUCAGGCUGUUUACCGCGACCUUGUUGCCUCGUACGGUAAAGGUAUCAAUGCGCAGAUCACUGCCACAUCCAUUGAAACAAAGCUCACUUUGUACUCAUUUGCGACUUCAAAGAGCAAGACCUGUGUUGCUUUUUUGACGACUUGGCGCAAUUUUAUUUACGAUCUUGAACGGAUCAACGAGUUCCCCUUGCCGGAUCACCAGAAGAGCGUACGACUCAAGUCAGCUGUCCGUUCCCAUCCGCAAUUGAAACUUUUCCUCGGAAAUGUUCAGCUUUACUCUCGGACCCAUGUGGGUAAGAGUGCCGACGAUUCCGAUUUUGAGUAUGUUUAUGAUUUGAUGCUCAAACAUGCGACUGAUAUUGAUCAGACCGAUUUGGAAGACCGCGGUAACAACCGCGGUGGCCGCUCAGCAAACAACGCGAAGUCUCAGUCUUCUUCCAAGUCUUCUUCCAAGAAGAAAACUAACAAACUGAUUGGUAAGAAGCACAAGAAUUAUGUGCCUCCUGAAAAGUGGAAUGCUCUCUCUCCCGAAGAGAAGCGGACCAUUAUGGACCAACGAGGACCUCGCCCUGCUCCAGCUCCUGCCCCUGCCUUAUCGGUGAACGCCGCUGCCACUCAGCCUCCUCCUACGCUCGCUUCGACUCACGUCCCGCCUGCUGCCGGACCUGGUCAACUGCUUCGUUCGCUCAUUUCGAAUUCAGCUGCCCGCCAGCACCCUGCUCCAUCGAAUGGAGCCACGUCUGACUCUUUUUCGGUCAAUGGGACCACCUAUCGCCGCGAAGUGAACCGUGCUUCUGUGCAGUACCGCCUUUCCACUCACGAUGUUUCGUUGAACAAGGACUCUUUGAUCGAUGGUGGUGCCAACGGUGGCCUUAGCGGCUCCGACGUAACCGUUAUUUCGCAAUCCCUGUUGGAGGCCACAGUCUCUGGAAUUGGAAAUUCGGAAUUGACCAACCUCCGUUUGUCAAUGGUGGCCGGACUCAUUCACACGACGGAUGGUCCCAUUAUUGGUGUGUUUCACCAGUAUGCUCACCUUGGUACUGGCAAUACCAUUCAUUCGUGCAACCAAAUGCGCUCCUGGGGAGUCACGGUUGACGACGUCCCUCGUACUUUUGGUGGCAAACAGCGUAUUGUCACGUCCGAUGGUCGUUUUGUCAUCUCGCUUUCGGUUUCUGGCGGACUCACUUACUUGUCUAUGCAGGCUCCUACCGAGGAGGACCUGGACACUUUCGAAUGGGUGCCUUUUACCGCUGACAACGAGUGGGACCCAAAUGGGGUCUCUUCUCCUGCCGCUGCCGACGAUGACCUCAGUUUGCAGCUUCCUGCCGGCCAUGUCCCGUUCCGUGAUGAACGCAUCAAUAACUUUGGUCUCCUUGCACAUUCCGCGGCUGUUAGUCGAUCCCCUUUGAAUGCCGAUGCUUUGCAACCCAAUUUUGGAUGGGUUCCCAGUGCUUGUAUCUCUCGCACGUUUGAGAAUACCACUCAAUUCGCUCGUGCCGAUGCCCGUUUGCCCCUGCGCAAACACUUCAAGUCGCGUUUCCCUGCUGCCAAUGUUUCUCGUUUGAACGAAAUUGUGGCAACCGAUACCUUUUUCUCGGAUACCCCUGCGGCCGAUGACGGCAUUUUUAACCAUGGUGGGGCUACGAUGGCCCAACUUUUCGUUGGCAAAAGUUCGCAAAUCACAUCUGUCUUCCCGAUGAAGCGUGAAUCCCAAUUUGCCCAUACUUUCGAGGACUUUAUUUGUACCCAUGGCGCUCCCGAUGCCCUCCUCAGCGACAACGCUCGUGCUCAGAUCGGUCAGCAAGCACUUGAGAUUUUGCGUAUGUAUGCAAUCGACGAUAUGCAGUGCGAGCCGCAUCAUCAACACCAAAAUUACGCGGAACGCCGCAUUCAAGAGGUGAAAAAGAUGGUGAACACGAUCAUGGAUUGUACAAACACUCCUCCGGAAUAUUGGUUGCUCUGCUUAUUUUAUGUGACCUAUUUGCUCAAUCGCCUUGCUGUUGAAAGCUUGAAUUGGCGUACCCCGCUUCAGGUUGCCCAUGGACAGCGUCCUGAUAUUUCUGCUUUGCUCCUUUUCCGUUGGUUUGAAACCGUUUAUUAUUACAAUCCUGACCAUGCGUCUUUCCCAUCGGCUUCUCGCGAGAAAACUGGUCGUUGGAUUGGUGUUGCUGAACACAAAGGUGAUGCGCUGACUUAUUGGAUUUUAACCGACAAUACUCACCAAGCCAUUGCUGGUUCUGUUGUUCGUUCAGCCAAUGUCGAUAAUGGUUUGAAAAACCAUCGUGCUGCGAAUUCCUCUCCCGAUGGUGGGGAGCCUUCGAAUCCUAAGCCCAUUGUCUUGGCUACGAGUGACCUACGCCAUGAUGCUACGGUCGAUCCAUCUUUUGAGAAAUCCCCUGCAUUCUCUCCUGACGAAUUGAUCGGCAGGUAUUUGAUCCGUGAAGCCCCUGACGGCCAGAGCCAUCGAGCCCUUGUUGCUCGUAAAAUUAUUGAUGCCGACUCCGAUAACCAUCAGACGAUUUGCUUCUUGUUGCAAAUUGAUGAAAAGGAUGCUGACGAGAUCAUUUCGUACAAUGAACUUUCCGAUUUGAUGGAAGCCCAACAAUCAGAGCCCGCUACGAACGGAAAUAUCGAAGAUCAUUUCAAGUUUACUAGUAUUAUUGGACACCAAGGCCCUUUGCAACCGACCGAUGCUGGUUACAAGGGAUCCUCUUGGAAUUCACACUCGCGAUGUACGCGUCUGACAACGAUCUCCUUAACGUGCCCGGGUGGCGCCGCUUCAAUCGUUUGCUUCGCAACCGUGAUGACUUCAAUCGAUCUGUUUCGUUAG